UCAAGAAAAUUUUCACACGACCAGCAAGAAGUUAGUUCCUUGGAAAUUGAAGUGUAAAACUACUUUACAACAUAAGACACUAAGCAUUAAAGAGGAUUAAUACAUAUAACAUAUGUUAUUAUGUAAAUACGUAGAAAAAUUGCAUUCAUUUUGCGAAUUUUUAGUGGAAGAAAACUGAGUUUUUGAUAUAAAAAAUAUACCAGGUGUGUUUUUUCAUUUGUGCAGAAGUGCCCAAACCAUUGAAUAUGGAAAACGUUAUAGCCUUUAACAAUGAGCUUUCUGGGCUUUACGAUACAAAACCACCAAUCUCCAAAGCUAAAAUGGCAGGUAUUACAAAAGCAGCCAUGCGUGCCAUUAAGUUUUAUAAACACGUUGUGCAAAGUGUGGAGAAAUUUAUAUUGAAAUGUAAACCCGAGUAUAAGGUGCCCGGAUUAUAUGUGAUUGACUCCAUUGUGCGCCAAUCACGUCAUCAGUUUGGUGCUGAGAAAGAUGUAUUUGCACCUCGAUUUGCCCGUAACAUUAAGGAGACUUUUGCAAACUUGUUCAGAUGUGCUUCUGAGGAUAAGAGUCGUAUUAUAAGAGUGCUAAACUUAUGGCAAAAGAAUAAUGUAUUUGCUCCGGACGUAAUUCAACCGAUAUUUGAUUUAGCUGAUCCCAACCAUCCAAUAUAUUCUAUGCAAUCUGGAAAUGCGGUGGGCGGUAGUGGCGCCGUUAGUCUUUCUGUUACGAGUGGUAAUCUGAUAAAUUCAGUUGGUUUGAACGAUGUGCCAUGUACGGCCUCAAAUGGUUUGAAUACUUCGAGCGCCGGUGUCAGCGGUAGUGGAAGUAGCACGGAUAUGAUUACAGGCGGUUCAGGCCACACUGCUGUGCCUGUUAUGUUAGAGGAUAAACUUAAUAGCGGCGGCCUAACUGAUUUAUCGUCAGUUAGUCAUGAUAGCAGUAAAUCACAUAAUUUAAAUAAUUUUCGGCAUGUGGAUCAUAGUAAGAGUAAGCGUUCAGCAAAUAGCAGCGGUAGUGGCAUAGCGCAUCUAUUACCGUCGCAAUCAACAACUUGUGCAAAGUUAAGAGAACAUACAAAGCUCGUUUUGGAUCCAGCAAUUGGAGCAACAACAAAAGUUCAUCAUCCGCAAACUUACACUAAAUAUCACCGUAGUUUGCAAGAGGAUUAUGAAAACACGCAACAGAUAGACGACAAUAUCAGCGAGGGAUUGGAGUCGCCAAAAGCUAGCAGCAACCUGUUAGAUAAUAACAAUUUAAAACAAUUGCUAAAUGAUCCGAACGUGUUGCGUCAAUUGCAGACCUUACAAAAUUUUCAAAAGUUUAAACAAGAAGAUAAACAACAUAACUUACGAUUACAUGAAGAAGCUUUCGAAAAACAUUUGCAUAGUGUCUUAAAGAACUCAGGCCCUGGUCCGUCCAGCCAAGAUGUAAAUGAUUUCAACAAGGAAGUUGAAUUUGUGUCAGAGGAACAAAAAAUCGAGGUUAUCAAUCUGGAUGGUAAUGAUUCUCGUAGCCCCACACCGGAACGUGAUCGCUAUAAAAGACGCCGUAGCCGCAGUCGUUCACGAUCACACGAACGACUAAGUCGUCGUAGACGGAGCCGCACCCGUUCACGUUCACGUAGUCGUUCGCCUCGUUUAAAUCGACGACGUAGUUCUCGUGACCGUGAUCGCAGCAAUCGUGACAGGGAUAGAGAUCGUGAACAUGAGCGUGAGCGCCGCAAAAAAGGUUUGCCUGAUAUCAGAAAGGAACAUUUAAGUGUGUGCAGUACGACUUUGUGGGUUGGUCAUCUAUCAAAAUUGGUCUAUCAAGAGGAACUUUCUGAUACAUUUGGCGAAUAUGGUGACAUUAUUAGCAUUGAUCAAAUCAUACCCCGUGGUUGUGCUUUUAUAGUUAUGAAUCGUCGCCAAGAUGCCUAUAAGGCUAUGCAGAGCUUAAAGAACCACAAACUACAGGGCAGAGCUAUCAGUAUAUCGUGGGCGGCCGGUAAAGGUGUUAAAAGUAAAGAAUGGAAAGAUUUCUGGGAUUUAGAACUUGGCGUAACGUUUAUACCGUGGAGCAAGUUGAAUGAGUCUACAGACUUUGACAGCCUUGAAGAGGGCGGAAUGUUUGAUGAAGAUUCAAUGCCGCCGUGGAUGAAGGAGAAAAUAAACAAGAUAAAAAAUCUGAAGGAAAAAGCCAUGGAAACAGCUAUUAAUCCAAGCAGUUUAGGGAGCUCAUCUGCUGGUAUUGGUCCAGGAACGGGCCAACCAAUGAUAUUUAACAUUGACACCACACAACCACCACCCCUACCACCAUCAGCGCAAAGUGGAGGAGGACCUCCGCCAAUGUUACCUAUGGUCCCUAGCCAAUUCUCAAUAGCGCCGCCUAUGGGGGGUCCCCCUCGUAUGCUAGGUCCCCCUAUGAGUAUGCCUAUAUCGGGACUACAUAUGUCACCUAAUAUUGUGCAACCUCACGCUGCCAUGAUGAUGAUGCCCAGUUUCGGUCAUAUACAAGGUCAGGUGGGGCCAAACGGGCCUCCAGGCAUGGGUCCCCCUCAUAUUUCACCUAUGGGAACAGCGACGUCUUCUACAGUCACUCAUGCUCAGUUCCCACUGCCCCCAGGUGGUCAGUCUGUUUCCGCUCUGCCUACUAAUAUAGCGAGUAUUAGUGAUGAUCAUAUGGAUAUUGAGAUGGAAGAUGCAGAUGGUGUUACUGCUGUCAGUCAAGCUAACGUUGAUAAUUCUUUAAAUUUUAGCCAACCGCCGCCAUCUUAUACCGCUCCUACUAAUGCCGUAGACGAAAGCAAUGUGGCUCUUGUUGUGAGCAGUGGUAGUGAGCUUUUCAAUAGAGAGCGUAUUCGCACAGGCAAUUCUGGCAACUCCUCACGCUGGGGUGGACGUAGCGGUCCAGAGGACGCCAACGAUGGCAGAUGGCGGGAAAAUGAGGCGGGAUCAACCACGUUCCAAUCACAGGGUGGGCGUGUCAGCAACAUGAGUGGAGUUUCAAUGGAAAGGAUCGACUUUAUGAAUGAUUUUGACAACCGCAUGGGUGGAUCCAGGAGUGGAACAAGUUACAAUGGUGGGGAAUUUCAUCCUACCAUACCACAUCGAUUUAAUCAGCCCACAAAUCUAAUGCAAAUGCGUAUACCUCCUCCAAACUCCUUUAAUCCAAGAGCUCCAGGAGGGCCACCUAUGUUUAUGCGCGGUCAAAGUGCCGUAGGCCGAUGCGCUGGAUUUUACAAUCGGAACAACUCUUUCGAUCGAGAUGGUAAUAACUUCGGCGCUAGGAGCAGCCUUCGUGGGCGGGGCGGCGGGGCUAAUCGCGCACGGCACACUUGGGAUGAUGAAGAAGUUGAAGAUGUAGGCGGUUUCAAAAGGCGUGGACCAGGAACAAAUCGUUUUCGUGAACGUGAGAGUGCUGAUGAUCGUUUUUGCAUACGUGAAAAUAGGGGUGGCCGCCGAGGAAGCGUCAUCUCGAGGGAUCGGAAAGAUAAUGAUCGCGAAUGGGAUUGCGACAAUCGGGUACGAGGGCCUGUUGCCAAUCGUUGUAACUCACGCGAAGAUACCAUUAAGCCAGCAUAUGACGCUCUAAACAAAACGUCUAACCCAGCCAUAAGCGAUACUGAAGAUGACUGGGAUCGUGAAUUGCAAGAAUACGACUCCCAUACUGGCAAAACUGAUAAGUUGCAAGAAUUUGACGCUAAAAAUGAGCAGGCGGAAAUUGAAAAGGAUAACAAGGAAGUUGGUGAAAACACAUCAGUAGAAGAAAAUGUUUUGAGCUCACUAAUGGAAGAUGAAAAUUUAUUUAAAGCGGGAGCACAAAUAAUGCCAAAAAUAUCUUCUAUGGAAAACUUGGCCAGUAAUAUAGAAAUGAAAACAAUGGCAGUCUUCACCUCUGACAUUUCAACAUUAGAAGCUACCAAAAAGCCAGACAUAUUGAGCGCUGUUGACCAAACAUCACAGAGCUUUGCUGAGUCUGUGAUUUUAACUCAAAAAAACAAUUCUUCGAAUGCUAUCCAACAACCUCAAGAUACCAUUGAUGGAAGCAUAGAAGAGGCUAAAAAUGCAACUGAAGCUUAAAUUCAAAUCCACAUCUUUAAACAGUUUCGAAAGUAUAACAUAUUCUGUUCUUUUUCUUUUACAAUACUGAAUAUAGAAAACUACACACAUAUACACCCUUAUAGAUAUAUUUUUAUUCGUAA